AUGUCUUUCCCCAUCCCCCGAUCUUUACCCCGGUUGGUGCGGUCCUACGGGACCGUCCAGGGUCCUCCCAGUGCUGCCUCUAUCGCCGGUCGAGUGCCCAGUGUUCUGGUUGAAGCCACCAAUGCCACAACCCCUCGUAUCACCUGGACUCGCGAGGAAGUCUCUCAGAUCUACAACACUCCCUUGAACCAACUGACAUACGCCUCGGCUGCCGUGCACCGUCGUUUCCAUGACCCGUCCGCCAUCCAGAUGUGCACACUGAUGAACAUCAAGACGGGCGGCUGCAGCGAGGACUGCUCAUACUGCGCCCAGUCAUCGCGGCACCAGACCGGUUUAAAGGCCACGAAAAUGAGCCCCGUGGAAGACGUUCUUGAGAAAGCCCGCAACGCCAAAGCAAACGGCAGCACCCGAUUUUGCAUGGGCGCCGCCUGGCGCGACAUGCGCGGCCGCAAGACAAGCCUGAAGAACGUGAAGCAAAUGGUCUCCGGUAUCCGCGAAAUGGGCAUGGAAGUCUGCGUGACCCUGGGCAUGAUCGACCAGCACCAAGCCAAGGAACUGAAAGAAGCCGGCCUGACAGCAUACAACCACAACCUCGACACCUCGCGUGAAUUCUACCCCAACGUCAUCACCACGCGCUCAUACGAUGAGCGUCUGCGCACACUGGACCACGUCCGCGACGCCGGUAUCAACGUCUGCUCCGGUGGAAUCCUCGGUCUGGGCGAGUCAGACGCCGACCGAGUCGGCCUCCUGCACACCGUCUCCAGUCUUCCCAAGCACCCCGAGUCAUUCCCCGUCAACGCUCUGGUCCCCAUCCCCGGUACACCCCUCGGAGAUCGGAAAAUGGUCCCCUUCGACCGUCUCCUUCGAACCGUCGCGACUGCCCGCAUCGUCAUGCCCGCUACCAUCGUCCGCCUUGCUGCGGGUCGCAUCGCCCUGACCGAGGAGCAGCAGGUUGCCUGCUUCAAUGCCGGUGCCAAUGCUGUGUUCACCGGUGAGAAGAUGUUGACUACGGACUGCAAUGGAUGGGGCGAGGACCGCGUUAUGUUCGAGCGCUGGGGUUACUACCCCAUGAAGAGCUUCGAGAGACCCGAGCCUUUGCAGGCUGCCGAGACUACUGCCCCGCCUCCUGCGGCAUCGGAGGCUGCUGCGCAGGUCGCAGCGAGCUCGUAG